UGAAGGGCGUAAAUCACGACAUCCCUUGCACACCUGCAAGGGAUGGGAUGUCCAAACCGCUUAUCCUACUGGGUCGCGGGGGGUCCGGAGCCUAUCCCGGAAGCAAUGGGCACAAGGCAGGGAACAACCCAGGAUGGGGGGACAGCCCAUCGCACACCUAUGGGCAAUGUAGCCACUCCAAUCAGCAUGUUUUUGGACGCGGAGUAUACCUAGGCGGAGAACCCGGGUCCCAGAGGGGUGAAGCAACAGUGCUAACCACUGCACCACCAUGCCCCCCCGCCAUGAAAAACUUCUUCCAGUUCAAGGAGAGCAGCCAUCUUGGUGACAGCGACUAUGAGGUUGCAGAGGAAGUCGACCACGGUGUUGACAAAAGGCCGGAGUGUCCAUAUGGAACCAGCUGCUACAGGAAAAACAGACUACACAAAAAAAUGUACAAACACACUGCAGAAGAGUACGCCGAGUCGGACAACAGCUUCAUAGAUGACGAGAGUCAAUCAUCUGCCAAUGAUGAUUCGGAAUACCUUCCUUCCGAAUCUGACGAAAGUGUGAACACAAAAAAGGAGAAGGCGGCUCUCCUGGCUCUUCUGAAAAAGUGAUCCAAUGUCGUGUGUCGUGAAAUUUCCUCCUCCAUAAAAUGGGAUUGUGACAUAAAGUCUGACAACCCCCCUUGUAGCAGCCCAUAAUGUAAUAACUACCAGUCAUGUAAUAACAUCACAAUAAUGUAAUGCAUUUCUCCACUCUUAAUAAGCCAGGUAAUGUAAUAACUGUGUAAUAAGGUAAUACAUUAUCAUUAAGUUAUUGGUUCAGAAAAUGUAUUAUAUUACUAUUUCAUAAUACAUUACAUUAUUCUACUUUUAUUAUUCCUGUGGAAUGACAAACCUAUGAGCAGUUGUAUGUUUGUUCCCUGUUAUGCUCCCCGUUGU